UUUCUGUGUCCUGGGGCCCCUUCAGCUCUGACGACGCCGUCCUGCCGGCCGGGCAGUCCCGGAGCCCAGCGGGCAGGCGGGCCUCUGCGCCCGAGCUGGCCUGCCGUCUCGGCGGGCCGCCUCCCGCCCUCGGCCCCUCCGCGCGCCGUCGGCCCUGCUCUCGCCAUGGAGCAGGCGGGCCCCGACGGAUGUUCGGCCCCUGGGGUUCGGGGGCGUACAGAACCCCCAACAGUGACACGUCGAUUAGUGAAUUGUCCGUUUUCGGCUCUCGAGAGGGCGCCGCGGCCGUUAUUUUACAGGCUUGCGCCAGCCAGGUUUGGGCCUCAGGUCGUUUUCACUAAACCACGUUUUGCUAAAGGGGGGUCUGUCCAUCCCCGAGGGGUGCCCUCGUCGGGCCCCGGGGCGGCCAAGAGACGGCGCAGCACGAGGAGCUGGUCCUCGGGAAGGGCCCCGGGGUCCACGGCGCGUUGGCCUCGAGCGCCCGCCUGCUUCAUGCUGGACCGGGGCUGGCGGACGGCUGGCGUCCGCUCAGGAUGGAGACAAGGGCCUCAAGUCCAAGGCCGCGCGAGCCGCUGCCAAGGACGAGAAGGCCGACGCCAAGCUGGCGGCGAAGGCGGAGAAAGCGGCGCUCGAGGCGGCCGAGAACGAGGAGAUAUCGAAGCUGAGCGGCGCCAACAAGAAGGCGCCCGCAGCGAAGGUGACCCAGGCUGAGAUCGCGCGCCGGCAGGCACUGCUGGCGAUGGCGAAGCCGAAGGCGGCGUCGAAGACAAAGACGGUCGCGCAGCCGAAGCUCGAGGAGAACACGAACCGCAAGGGCGAGAUCGAGGCUUCGGGCGUGGACGCCGCCCUGUCAGCCCUCGACGGCGGGGGUGCCGCCAGCAAGCCCGCGAAGAUGACGUACGCAGAGUUCGAGAGGAUAAAUAUCGACGGCAUCAAGGAGGACAAUCCAGGCCUCAAGAUGUCGCAGCUGAAGGAGCGCUGCUUCAAGCUGUGGGAGCGGGCGCCCGAGAACCCCAAGAACCAGGAGAAGUGAGCCCCCUCUCGCCGUUCUGCGUCUGCUUUUUCUGACGAGGCAUCUGCGCGUCCAUAAUCUGCCCCCGUCCAAGACCCGCCACUAGAAUUCCUGCGCGUCCCCAGACCGAAAAAGAGAUGGCCUCUGCAAGCCCGCCGUCGUGAGUUGACCGCCGACCGCCGCCGCCACCGACUCCGCAGCCGUCGCCUUUCUCCGUGGAUGAGGUGUGGCAUGAGGGAAAAGAAAGUCACAGACUACGGGGUCUGCACGCCAGGACGGGUACGGCAGCAGGGCGAGUCGCGGGAGCCUGCGGUCGGCACAGACGCGAGGCGCGUCAUACGGGUUGAGGGCAUGGUGCAGCAGGGGUGCGGGAGCCUGCGGCGCGCAGGCUGCGGCGCGGACGCGAGCGUGCUGCGAGAGGUGGCGGAUGCGGAGCACGUCGGGCGGGGCUGGGACAAGGGGCCCCCGGGCGACACCGCCGAGGUCGAGGUGAGCAACUUCGUGGAGGAGAUCGUGGCCGACGACCUGGGCAGAGGAACGUACGGCGGCCGCGUGCGCACGCGCUUCCCGCCCGAGCCGAACGGCUACCUGCACAUCGGCCACGCCAAGUCCAUCUGCUUGAAUCCUCGCGGUUUUCGGCAUCGCGGCCAAAUUCAACGGCGCCUGCAACCUCCGCUUCGACGACACGAACCCUGCGAGCGAGAAGCAAGAGUUCAUCGACAGCAUCCAGGAGAGGACGUGCGGUGGCUCGGCUUCGAGUGGGACGGCCCGGAGCGCUACGCCUCGGACUAUACGUUCGUCGAGAAGGGAUGGGCGUACAUCGACGAAUUGUCGGCGGAGGAGAUAUCGGAGUAUCGAGGAUCGCUGACCAGCCCAGGGAAGGACAGCCCGUACCGUGCCCGCUCGGCGGACGAGAGCCUGGACCUCUUGCGCAAAAUGCGCGCAGGCCAGAUUGACCAGGGCAAGGCUGUCCUUCGGGCCAAGAUAGACAUGGCCCAUCAGAACGUGAUCAUGCGCGACCCGAUCAUGUAUCGGAUACUGAAGGCCUCGCACCCGCGAACGGGAGACGCUUGGUGCAUCUACCCUUCGUACGACUUCGCGCACGGCCUGUCGGAUGCCAUCGAGGGCGUGACCCAUUCGGUGUGCACGCUCGAAUUCAGUGCGCACAACGAGCUGUACGAUUGGUUCAACCAGCGCGUGAUGAGUCUCCAAGGUGCCUUGGACUGCGAGACGUUGCCGCGGCAGCACGAGUUCGCGAGGCUCGAGAUGACCAACAUCGUCGUCUCCAAGCGCAAGCUCAAGCGACUCGUGGACGAGGGCGUCGUGGACGGCUGGGACGACCCCCGCAUGCCGACGCUCUCGGGCAUGCGGCGCCGCGGGUACCCUGCGUGCGCGCUGCGCAGGAUGUGCCAGCUGGUGGGCGUCACGAAGGACCCCAACGCCGUCAUCCAGUACUCCCUCCUGGAGAGCUGCGUCCGCGACACGGCCGCAGAGGAGCAGUGCAAGGCCCGGCUGCUCUGCGUGCUGCGCCCACUGAAGGUCACCGUGACGAACUGGGAGGGGGACAAUCAGAUCAUCGAGGUGCCAGCGGAGGAGGGGUUGCCCAUCAGGCAGUUGACAAUGGGGCGGGAGCUGUUCUUGGAGAGCGAGGACCAGAUUUCAUGGAGGUCCCCUCCGAGGGGUUCAAGCGCCUCUCCCCUGGCGGCAUGGUGA